AUGUCAACUGUGCGUGUACCAUCCCUCCAGGAAAUUGCGUUCGCCAAUAUCUUCCAACACGAUAUUAAACAUUUUUCCAAAGAAGGAGUGCAAACCAUUGAUCACCUGAUGAGCAACGUUUUUCGGAAAAACAUAAACUGGACAGUGUGUUGCUUAAUCGAAGACCAUCCAAAAUCACCGUCGCUGUCAACAACCGAAUCGGGAACGCCAUCAUGGUUACAGGAGGAUGAGGAACCUUGCGACAUAUUGGCAUACGUGUACAAGCCUUAUCGCCUUUGGAACGAUUUCAAAGAGGGCGACAUAGUAGUCAAAAAAGUCUUCAAUAUUCUGACACGAACGUCUACCAGUAGAGCUUUGGAGUUGGGAUUUCGUUCGUUUUACCAGAAUCUAGUCUGGCCAAUGGCCUCCAGCGAAGAAGUGAGUGCAACCAUGAAAGAACUCUUGGAAAUGGAACGUCAAUUGUGGUAUCAGGCCGAUCGAUUGACUUCGCAAGAAGAUUACCUCACGUGGGAAGAACGAUGCAACGAGUGCCUCAAGUCGCUGGAAGAACAUAGUCAAGCAAAACGCCCUCGAUUAUCGAUCGGCAUUCAACAAUCGUUGAUCGCUCAUGGCGCCCCUAAUAUGAUGGGCAAGAAAAAUGGCUGCUUAAAAUUGAUAAAAGAUGCAAAUCUAGAAAUGAUUAUUGUACAUUGUGUUAUUCAUAAGGAAAACUUGGUAGCUAAAAAUAUCUCGAGUGUUCUAAAUGAAGUACUACAUGCAAUAAUAAAGUGUGUUAAUGCUAUUAAAGCUAGUGCCAAAUGUGAGCGUCUGUUCAAGUUAUUUUGUGAAGAACAAAAUGAAGACCAUGUGAGACUUAUACUUCAUACUGAAGUAAGUGAUUUUUUAAGCGACAAACCUGAAAUGAAGUAUUUGUUAACAAUCGAUGGUAAAGCAUUUGUAAGUUAUUUAGCCGAUAUCUUUGAAAAACUAAAUAUAUUAAAUAAGCAACUUCAAGAACCAAAUAAAAGACUUGUCGAUGCAAAAGCAAAGAUAUUUGGUUUCAUUACCAAUAUAGAGUUAUAUCAGAAAUAUAUUAACAACAAAAACUUUGAACAGUUUCAUUGGCUCCAAAAAUGUGAAGUAACUGAUACCGCUGUACUUGUUAUUGUCAAUCAUUUGAAUAUUCUAUCCGCUGAUUUAAAAGAAAGAUUUUCUGAUUUAAAACAAAUUGAUUUGUCAACAUGGAUGAUGCAGCCAAUAUUAGUGGAUUUGUCUAAUAUAUCAAAUAUGCAGUAUCAAGAAGAAUUCGCAGAAUUGCAAAAUGAUGAAUCAGUAAAAACUUUAUUUAAUAUAAAAGGAGCGAUGGCAUGGCUUUGUGAAGAAACUGAAAUUAAGUACCCAAAUGCAACCAAAUGUGCAAGAAAACUUUUACUACCGUUUCCAUCUUCAUAUUUAGCUGAAUGUGGAUUUAGUGCUGUAAAUGAUUUACUGAUAAAAAAAAGAAAUCGACUUGAUAUAACACAACGUGGAGACUUGAGAUUAAAGCUAAGUAAAUUGGAACCUAAUAUAAAAUCUCUGUGCAGCAAGCAUCAAGCGCAAGGAUCGCACUAA